AUGCCAAACUCAGGAGGCUGUGAUGCAUUCAUAGCCCUCCAUGGUCAGAACCACAAUUUAUCAGGCUUUUGCAAAUGGAUUGAAUCGGAGAGUGAGCUCAGGGCAUUGCUUGCUUUGUCACAGCCAGGGCAAAGUACUCAGAUAAUUAGAGCCAGCAGAUUACUGAUCUGGCCAUUUGCUCAGUUAUGUUUGGGGUUUGGUUUUCUUAACCACAAUUCAGGCAAUAAAUAUGGCAAAGAAGCAAUUGAUGGACUAAUCAAGUCUCAUGAAUUUAAUCUGGAAGCAAAUGAGAGUAAGUGCAGAACCUGUGUAUUGAAAGCUGCAAGAAUUUUGAGGGCAAAGCAUGGAAGGAAGAGUGUUGCCGAGAAGGAACUAGAAGGGCUUGAGGAGCUGCAAAUUUCCAAGACUGCUUCAAGUAGGAGUUUGGUUUGCCCCAGCAACCAUUUCAGCAAAUUUACUUGCUGCAGCUAUGAAUAA